AUGGAGGUUACACCGGCACCACCUGCCUACGAGCAGGACAAGAUUGCUGACAGGAUCGACCAGCCUCAAUUCGAGGAGGAAGGUCAGCUGAAGGGCGAGGUCCACGAUGCCUUUGGUAACGAGGAGUACGCCGAGAUCAAGUAUAAAACCUUGAAGUGGUGGCAAUGCGGUCUGCUCAUGAUUUGUGAGUCAGUGUCGCUGGGUGUGUUGUCACUGCCCUCGGCUGUCGCUACCCUGGGCCUCGUCCCGGGUAUUAUCCUGAUUGUUGGCCUGGGUCUUCUCGCUACAUAUACCGGAUACAACAUCGGCCUUUUCCGUGAAAGGUACCCUCACAUCCAGAACCUCGGUGAUGCUGGCGAGAUUCUGCUGGGCAAGUUCGGCCGCGAGCUCUUCGGUAUUGGCCAAUUCCUUUUCUGCAUCUUCGUCAUGGGCAGCCACAUCCUCACAUUCCGCGUCAUGAUGAACACCAUCACCAACCACGGCACCUGCUCCAUCGUCUUCAGUGUCGUCGGCAUGGUCCUCUCGCUUGUCCUCUCCAUUCCCCGUACCAUGAAGGGUAUGACCUGGAUCUCCUUCGCCUCAUUCCUCAGUAUCUUCAGCGCUGUCAUGAUCACCAUGAUAUCCGUGGGUGUCGAAAGUCAUCCUGGCCGCGUCAUUCAGGCCACCGUCGAGAACGACCUUUACACUGCCUUCCAAGCCGUCUCGAACAUCGUGUUCGCCUACUGUGCUCACGUCGCCUUCUUCGGUCUGAUCGCCGAGAUGGAAUCUCCCAAAGACUUCAAGAAGUCCCUGUUCAUGCUCCAGAGCUUCGAAAUCUGCCUCUACCUCACCGCCGCCGUGGUCAUCUACUACUACAUCGGCACAGACGUCCACUCGCCCGCCCUGACCUCCGCUGGACCCCUGAUGAGCAAGGUCGCCUACGGCAUCGCCAUCCCCACCAUUGUCGGCGCCGGUGUUGUCAACGGCCACAUCGGUCUAAAGUACAUCUACUUCCGCCUCGGCUCCAAGUCCGGCCUGAUCCACCAAAGCAACUGGCGCUCCAUCGGUCUGUGGAUUGGCCUGGGAGUCUCCUGCUGGGUUGUUGCCUGGAUCAUCUCCGAGGCCAUUCCCGUCUUCAGUGACUUGAACGGCUUGAUCAGUGCUCUGUUCGCGAGUUGGUUCUCCUACGGUCUGUCCGGUAUCUACUGGCUGCACCUGAACUACGGCGAGUGGUUUGCUUCUCCCCGCAAGAUCGCCCUCACCGUCUUGAAUGUUGCCAUUGCUCUGUUCGGUCUGAUCCUUUGUGUCCUUGGCCUGUAUGCUUCUGGUACUGCCAUCCACAACGAUACCGGUAACGCCAGUUUCACCUGUGCCAACGACGCCUAG